GAAGUCGGCGGCGGCGCGCAUUGGCUAGGCGGGUUCCCAGCGUGAGGUGAUUGUAGCGGUAGUUGUCUGUGACUGGCCAGCCGGGAGAAAAGGGGGGCUGUUGUCCGUCUAUUAGAGUUUUGGCUUUGCCGGGGGAUCCGGCUCCAGGUGGUGGCCUCUGGAAAUAAAGACUAGCGGUCUGAUAUAAUCUUUACAUCGUUAUUCUGAUAUUGGGUGAACACUGUUUACAUGCUGAGGAUAGCAGCUUCCUUUAGCAUUUGACAAACGAUACUAUCAUGCGCGAGUACAAGCUCGUGGUUCUUGGUUCUGGAGGUGUUGGGAAGUCCGCACUGACGGUGCAGUUUGUUCAGGGAAUUUUUGUAGAAAAAUAUGAUCCCACUAUAGAGGAUUCAUACAGAAAGCAAGUGGAAGUAGAAGGACAGCAGUGUAUGCUUGAAAUUCUUGAUACUGCUGGAACGGAGCAAUUCACUGCCAUGAGAGACUUGUAUAUGAAGAACGGUCAGGGAUUUGCACUAGUAUACUCUAUCACCGCACAGUCAACAUUUAAUGACUUGCAAGACUUGAGGGAACAGAUUUUACGAGUAAAAGACACGGAAGAUGUUCCCAUGAUUUUAGUGGGCAAUAAGUGUGAUUUGGAAGAUGAGCGGGUAGUUGGCAAAGAACAGGGACAAAACCUAGCCAGACAGUGGAAUAAUUGUGCCUUUUUAGAAUCUUCUGCUAAGUCCAAGAUCAAUGUUAAUGAGAUCUUUUAUGAUUUGGUCAGACAGAUAAAUAGGAAAACACCAGUGGAAAAGAAAAAACCUAAAAAGAAAUCUUCAUGUUUGCUGCUUUAGACCCUCUUGAAGCAGCAGGUCUGAGCCAGAGUACAGGAAUGAAGAACUGUUGCCUAGUUGGAAAGUGCCAGCAUUCCGAUAUGUAAAAAGAAAUCCAACCAUAAUUUAACAAAUCUGAAAAGGCUCCUUUUUUAUUUUAUAUAUUAUGUAAACAAUUUAGAUCUCCAAUACUGUUUGCACAAGGUUCUCUGGAAAUGAAUCGGCUGUAUUUCUCUCUGAAAACAAGACCACCACCGUGUCAACUUUUGCAAUAGUGUUCACAGCAGAUGUGAAAAUAAAGUUACUUGACUCUA